AUCAAAUGCGAUCGAAAGCGUCCUUGCACCAGAUGCGCCAAGGCGGGGACUGAGUGCGUCCUCCAGGGCAUUGGAGAAAAGCAACGACCUGUUUCAAAAAGCUACAUUCAAGCCCUGGAAGGCCAAAUCACCGCACUUGAGCAGGUCAUCCGUAAGCUCGCCCUCGCGAACGGCGACGAGCGAGAUCAGAUCAUCUCAGAUCUAUCCUUGACCACGGGAGCUCCCAACGGCUCCCCAUCAGAUGGCGGACAGGCCGAUCCCGAGUCAGAUGCCGGCCUUGCGGCUGCGCGGAAGCUCAUGUCGACCUUUUUCUUGGAGAUUUAUCCAUACAACAUGGUCGUGUACCGCGAGUACUUUUUACGGGACUACGAUGUCGGAUCUGGCAAAUACUAUUCAGACGUGCUGUUGUAUUCCAUAUGCGCCCUGAGCGCGCUUCAGUACGACGACAUGCUCAGCCUUUCCGACGUCUUUUCGAACCAGGCCCAGACUCUCCUCUACUCUACCCUUGAUAGUCCUGACUUGACGACUCUGCAGGCCCUUGUUCUACUUGGCUACCGUGAGAUUGCUGUUGGCCGAGCAUCCAAGGGCUGGCUGUUCUGCGGCAUGGCUUUCCGCCUCGCGCAUGAAAUGGGCCUCCAUCUCGAUCCGACCAACUGGGAGGAAUCUGGCGAGUCAAGUGGCGAAAGAGAGAUUCUGCGGCGAGUCUACUGGGCUGCUUUCAUGGCCGAUAAGCAACUCAGUCUCUACUUUGGCAGGCCUCCGGCUCUGUACCCCGGCGAAUCGGACGUGCGGAAUACCAUCCGGCUGCGAUAUCCCCCUGGUUGGCAGGGUCUCCUUGAGACGUACAUUUGCAAGGGAGCGUCAGCAAAUGAGUGGGAUAACGGCGUUGCGCUCGUGGGCUCAUUCAUUUACAGGGCGGAAUUGUCCAAGAUUAUUCACGUCAUCAUCACUGACCUGUUUGAGAAUCGGAGAGGAGGUGCAGACCCAACCAUAAUUGCGACCAAGACGCGGAGAAUACAUGUGCAGUUGACCAAAUGGCUCUCAAACCUCCCCAGCUUUCUGCACUGGAAUCAAUGGACGGUUGGCCAGGUGCCUCAAGUCGUUUUGCAUCUUCACAUGAUGUUUCACACCAUCAUGAUAAUUCUCCAUCGGCCUCCAUCGCAUAUGUUUGAGAAGCCAGGUAUUGCCGACAGCGAGGACGUGGAAAUAUGCUACGAAUCUCUGCAGGCAAUCCUGCGUCUCAUGCGAACCUUUUCUCGCUACUACCGCUACAGGUCAUUGCCCUUGGAUUUCGUGCACACGCUGUCCACCGCCGCAAGCACAGUCAUGAUGAAGCGCUUCCUGCAGAAGGCAUCGUGGAGCGACCCGGACAUUGAGCGUGCGCUGUCGCUCAUCACGCUGGCCAUGGACGAGAUCCAAAACACCUGGCCUUGCGUGCGAGAGGUUAGGGACGUGCUCUUGCAGGCGCAGCAGACGCAGGCGUCGAUGCCACCGGAGGAUCCUCUGGAUGCGCCGGAUUUGAUGAAUGGGCUUGAAGUGAACAAUGAGUUGUUUGCAAAUCUGGGAGACGGCGACAUUGGCACACUUAUGACAGACGAAUUCUUGAGCGCGCAACUCCCGGGAAUGGGUCUGGAGCCAUUUGAUUUCAGUCAGAUGCCGGGGCCUUCUUGA